UCAUUUUGCAUCUUUCUUUGCACUUACAUACUUACGAAAAUCGUACAAAAGCCGGGGUCACUACCAUGCCUGUCUUCCGACCAUUCGUCCUUCCUCACCAUCAUGUCGGCUUACGCUGGGCAUUCGAGCGGUACUGGCUCAGUCGAUAAGAUUGACUCUGAGAAAGCAGCCCUUGCUAUCGGUGCUCUACCCCUUGCUGAUUUUGAUGACCCAAACAUCAACAAGGAAGAAGCUUUAACUGGCAUUCUAGAGGAUGACUCGCCUUAUCCUGAAGUACGAUCGGCUGUAUCCAACACUGAUGACAUGUCCAUACCCGUUAGCACUCUCCGCUCAUGGGUUAUGGGCUUUUUUUGGGUUAUUAUCGUCCCUGGUAUGAACCAGUUCUUCUAUUUCCGAUAUCCCUCCGUCAACAUCACCGGCAUGGUUGCCCAACUAUUGUCAUUUCCCAUGGGUCGUCUCUGGGCAGCUGUCGUGCCCAAUAUUUCAAUAUUCGGCGUCCGCUUGAACCCCGGACCAUUCACGAUCAAGGAGCACGUUUUAGUCACGAUUAUGGCUACCGUCGGAUGGCAAUCUGCAUAUGCGACCGACAUUGUUGCAGUGCAGAGAGUGUUCUACGGUCAAACUCCCAACUUCAGCUAUCAAUGGAUGUUGGUCAUGUCUACCCAGCUCAUUGGCUUCUCACUGGGUGGCGUUAUGCGUCGAUUCCUGGUUCUUCCCCCCUCCAUGAUUUGGCCCACAAACUUAGUUACGUGCGCCCUAUUUAAUACGCUCCAUGCGCAAUCAUACGCUGGUAUUGGCAAUCGCGGUGGUAUUUCACGAGAGCGCUUCUUUGUUUAUGUCUUCUCCGCGGGAUGUGCAUGGUACUUCAUCCCAGGUUAUCUGUUCCAAGCUCUCAGCUACUUCACCUGGGUGUGCUGGAUCGCUCCAGAUAACGUCGUCGUCAACCAGCUCUUUGGCUAUGAAAGCGGCCUUGGCAUGAGCUUGAUUACGUUCGACUGGGCCCAAAUUACUUAUGUUAUGAACCCACUCGCAACGCCAUGGUGGAGCGAGGCUAACGUUCUCGUUGGCUUUGUGUUCUUUUUCUGGAUCCUUACCCCGAUCCUUUAUUAUACUAAUACCUGGUAUUCUAAAUUCCUGCCCAUCAUGUCUCGCACGUCAUACGAUAACACGGGUGCCGCCUACGAUGUCACUGCGAUUCUUGGCACCGAUGGAACUCUCAAUGCUACUGCAUAUGAGGCAUACAGCCCUCUGUUCCUGUCGACAACUUUUGCAGUGUCUUACGGUCUGUCAUUUGCGUCAAUCACUGCCACCAUUACGCACGCCAUCCUCUUCUUCCGCAAGCAGAUCUGGGCCCAGUCGCGUCGCUCAAUCGACGAACAGCCGGACAUCCAUGCACGUCUCAUGGCUAGGUACCGUCAGGUUCCAGAGUGGUGGUACCUUAUCAUCUUCGUGAUCAUGUUCGUUUUCGGCAUCAUUGUCAUUGAAGUCUGGCCUACCCAGUUCCCGGUGUGGGGCUUCGUUCUCGCACUUAUAAUUGCUUUCCUCUACAUCAUUCCCAUUGGCAUGAUUCAAGCUAUCACGAAUCAACAAGUCGGUCUGAAUGUUAUUACGGAGUUGGUCGUUGGAUACGCUAUCCCUGGACGCCCAUUGGCAAUGAUGCUUUUCAAGACAUGGGGUUAUAUUACAAUGGCGCAAGCGUUGCAGUUCGCCCAGGACUUCAAGCUCGGUCAUUACAUGAAAAUUCCUCCCCGCACGAUGUUCUUUGCACAGGUCAGCGCGGCUGCUAUCGCUGGAACCGUACAGCUCGGCGUGCAAGCUUGGAUGUUUACCAACAUCGUGGACAUGUGUAGCACGAAACAACCUGACGGUUUCAUUUGCCCCAACACUCAAGUGUUCGGCACUGCAUCAAUCAUCUGGGGUGUUAUUGGUCCUCAGCGUCAGUUCUCCUCCGGCCAAAUGUACGGCGGCCUCCUUUGGUUCUUCCUCAUUGGCGUGCUUUGCCCCCUCGGCGCUUGGAUCAUUUCUAUCAAGUGGCCGAACAGCAUCAUUCGUUACAUCAACUUCCCCGUAAUAUUCACUGGAACGUCCUACAUACCACCAGCGACUGCCGUCAACUACGUGCCUUGGGCAAUCGUCGGUUUCAUAUUCCAGUACGUUAUCCGCCGCCGCCAUUUCUCAUGGUGGACAAAGUACAACUAUGUCCUGGCUGCUGCACUCGACUCUGGACUUGCAGUUUCUAUCAUCUUGAUCUUCUUCUGUCUGCAGUACCCGCAAAACGGCACCAUCGGCGCAAACAACGUCGCAAAAUGGUGGGGCAACAAUGUGUUCUUGAAUACAGCAGAUGGGAAGGCCAUGUCGUACUACACUAUCAAUGGCACCUUUGGGCCAUCAACAUGGUAGGGAAUAUUGUAGUUGUAUAUAUAAGGGUGUAUAUAUGAAGGUGUUUAUGUUACGAGUAUCAAUUUAUUUUCCUUGCUGCUCUUUUGG